AUGAAAGAGAAUCCUAUUUUAAAUCUAAUUAAUUAUAGAAACAAUAUUCCGACAUCAAAAGAUCCAGAGUCAGAAAGAUGCUUGGCAAUAAUUAGAUCUAUUCCAGUUGUUGACAAGCAAAAGUUAAUUAGAUUCUCUGAAGAUACACAACAAAUAGAAUCUCUCGAUAACAUUUUUGAACUCGCCCCACUUAAAGCAGAGUUUUCUGCCGAAACUUUAUUCUCAGUAAUAAGCCCAGACUUUAAUUCAUUUCAAAAUACCGAAAUGUACUCUAUUAUUUUCCAAUAUUUAUCACUAGGCUGGUAUCAAACAUUUACUGCAACUCAAGAUCCUAUACAAAUUUGCAAUCUUUUAACUAUUUUUUCGAAUAUUAAAUAUCCUGAACACGAAAAUAUGAAUUGCCAAAUAUUUCAAUUAAUCUGCACAAAAUACUUUCAAGAGGUAAAUAGAAAAUACAAUGAUAACGUCGUGAAAUUAAUUUUCAACCUUAUUUAUUUAAAUAAAUUUCCAACACCUCAAUACUUUCCAACGAUGGUAUUAAUUUUUCGAAUGGUAUCAGGCUCAGGGAAUCCACCUCUCAUAACUGAAAUGAUUGAUCUCAUAGAACACAUGACUGUCAAAAAAUUCAACAUAUUAUAUGGACCAGACUUGUCAUCUCUAGUUAUCGUAUUACAACAAGAAAUAGCAAGUAUGAAUCUUAAAGCUUUUUCAGCGGUUUGCCGAAUUUCGAAUUUUUCUGAAUGCAAAAUUUUAAAUGACUCUUUCGUUUUACUACCAUCAGUCUUCUUUGCUUAUACAGUUACUAAUACUCCGCAAAAUGCUCCUUACCAAAUCGAAAAACAAAAUAUCGAAAAAAUCGAAUACUCUGAUGAACUUAAGAAGUCUCUUUUCGAUGAACUGAAACAACCACCUUACGAUGACCUUGAUUAUGUCGUCACAAUCUGUUCACAAGUCUAUCAAAAAUCAAUUGAAAUUUCUGAAGCUCUUUUUCACGCAACACCAGAAAUGCGUGAUGUUUUCUUCCAGAGUAUGUUGAAUCUUCUUGCUACUGUUCACCAAUUUGAAUUUUUGAUUGAAUUAUUUAACUCAUUUUUUGUAAUCUUGAAAGCGACGGCAACUCCGGCCAUUCUAACAGGGGUUAUACCCAGAGUCAUUACAUCGAAGAUAUUUAAUCCAGAAGAGACUAUUUUCAGCGAAAUUCCUGUCAGAAAAGAAAUUCUCGCAUUGAGAAGGCUUUUCUUCGAAGAUAUACGUAUGAUCAGUCCAGAAUUAAUACUCACAGCCUUCGACAGCAAAUAUCCAAUACUUUUCGCAGAGAAUUUGAUCAGAUGUCAGAUUUGCGGAUUUUUACCCAGUUUAUUUGUAGAAGAUGCAUUACUUAUGAAGAUCAACUCCGUGUUUGUUAAUUUACGAGGCUUAUCUAAGAAUAUUGAGUCAAUUAGAUCUCAAAUUGCAAUUUUUUCUUUUCUUUUAUGGCCACUUUACUCAGAAUACACAUUUAUCAGGUGUCUUGAGCUUUCUUCCUUCAACUCCGCCUUCUCCAACAACAUGUACGAGGUAGAAUUGACGAAAUACACUGUCAGAGCGUUGAGGGACUCAUUGAGCCAAAUAAACACAGAAAUAAAUGUUUCUGGAGUUGCGAAUUCAUUUUCAGAAGCAUGUCAGAUGUGUUCCAAUGAUCCAAACAACGAGAGAUCAUCACUUUUGGCUUAUUACAUCACUGAAUGUUUAUCUCAGAGCAUACAUGAAAAGAUUGCAAUGCAAUUCGAGCCUUGUUUAUAUUCUUUAUUUGUUUAUUUGUCGAAGAGCAAGAACAAGAGUGUUUUAAGUAAUUUCUUACGUUUCUUUUCUUUGAUUGUCAGAGUCAACAAAAAAAUUUUGGAAAAUUCUGAAUUUAUUAUGAAAAUAAUUUCUGUUGUUCAUGGAAUUGAUGAAGAUGGAUGCUCUAAUGAGAGUUUCUCUAUAUUAUAUUCUAUUUUAACAGAAGGAACGUGCGCAACAAACAUCUUUCUGAUCAGAGUUCCUCAGUUUUUGCCGUAUUUGGUCGCUGCUGUUGGAAUUAAUUCUAAAAAAGUGGCAGAAUUAUUUACAAAAUUUUCUUUGAUUUCGCAGGAUUCUGAGUACAAUAAAUCAAUGCUGCAUGAAGGCGGAAUAGAUAUAAUUUGCAUGCUGUACAUAAAUGAGGUGAUCGAUAAAAGUGACAGAAAAGUGACAAUCACUUUUGGCAAAAUCAAUUUUAUUUUAGAAAUUGAUGCUGAAACAUGGUCUGAAAUAGCAAAACCAUUGAUGUUCUCUAUUUUUAGAUCAAAAAGUAACAAUCAAAUAGCCAAUUUGAUUUCACUUCACAUUUCAAAAGGUGGUUGUUUAUCAAAUGAUUUAUUAUCUGAAUUACAUUUGAUGCGGAACCAGAUAUCAAAGAAAUUUACAAUUGGUUUGACUCCACCGCCUUUUGAAGCAAAAAUUCCAAUGUCACUUUUAAAUGACGGUUUUACUUUAUCGUUCAAGAUAUAUAUUGAUCCAUUGACAUCUAAUUUGAGCACUGAAGAAGUCAAUUUAUUCAAUUUCUCUAUACCUAAUUCCACUUUUUCUUUUUAUUUGUCACAGAAAACAAUUUACGCAAUGUUACACAACGAAAACCAAGCAAAAGUAAGAGUUGUUUUAGUGAACAGAAGCUUUUAUCCGGGAAAGUGGAAUACUGUCCAAAUUGGAGUCAACAUGAAAUCAAAGCCAAUAAGAUUCCAUCCCAUUUCUAACCAAGAACACUUGAAUGAAUCUGAUUUCGUUGGAUAUUCUUUCAUUGAAAAUCCAAUUUUGGCUGUUUGCGACGGCGGUUCUAGUUAUUCUUGUGGUUAUUUAUCAGAUAUUGUUUUGUACCAAGGAUAUUCAGAUGAUUUGAUACAAGCAACACGUCUGAAUAAGAUAAUCGACUUAAAUGAAGUCCUCAAAGCCAAAGAAAUAAAAGUUGAUGACCAAAUUGUAAACACGAAAAUAAACUAUUGUCAAAAAGUUCCUUACACUUUAUUGGAGAGUUUGGCAAGAGCGAACAACACUGCAACCAUCUGCAAGUUCUUCGAAUACCAAGACCAUUCCGUAGACAACACUUUAACAGUCAUAGAAGUCUUGUCAACAAUUUUCAAGGCAAGUUCUUUAUCACAAAGAUUGUUUAGAUCUGUACCAAAUAUUUUGGCGUCACUUUUUAAGAACACUUCACUUUUGACUGUAGAACUUUACAAAGCCAUGUGGAACUUAUUCUGUACUAGUUUAACUGAUGGAAGUCUCAGAUCAGAAUGGUUGUUUUCUUUGAUUUUGAACACAUGGCUUUGGAAUCAAUCAAAAAGUGACAAUUUCAUUUUUAUUUUGAAUCAUUGGAUCAAAAUUGUCAUUCCUUUCUCAACAAAUGAGAUAAAGAAGAAGAAAAACUUGUUUAAGACAUAUAUGGCACAGUACAAACUCUUCUUCUGUUUCGAUGCAAGAGGAAAUCACGAACAUCGUCUUGGACAAACAAUCUUUGAUACUUUUUCAAAAGAAAACCUCAAAACAUGUCAAGAUCUUUUCGUUUUGCUUAUCAAACGCUUGGCAUACGUGAAUAUAACUAAGAAUGAUUUGAAUCUUUUGUUCUAUUACAUUUCUAGUUCGAGAGAUAACAAAGGAACAGUUUUACAGCUUCUUAAACUUGUUUUAGACAUUUGUCCGGCCAUUGUCAAACUUCCUGACUACGAUGCUUCGUGUUUAGCUUAUUUCUUGAAGUCGAAAGACAUAGAUAUUGUUGAACUCGCUGUUUUGGUGAUUUACAAUUUAUCUGGAGAUAAAUUAAGUCAAUUUUUGUUAUCUUCGGCUUUGCAGAUACAAAUUGACACAUCAGAGUUGUUGAAUAGACUGUUUAAUGAUCUCCAGAAGUACGAGAACUUAUAUCUUUUGUUGAUUAUUUUCAUGUUGAAAGGAAAUGUUGAUAUGAAACCUUUGGCAGAAAUUCUUCAGAAUUGGAUAAACGAAAGGAAGCAAAUAAAGACGCAAAAACAAUGGUUUAUUUGGAUAUUAAUUGCAGCAAUACAGAAAGAAGAUGUAAUUGAUGUUUUCAGUAAUUUCAUUGCUUAUGUUUUGUCUCGAUCACCAAGCAGAAACAAAGAACUUAAUGACAUUGUUAAUUUCGCAAGGUUUUUGGGAGUUUUGACUCCUUACAGCUCUCAGAAGUUUUUGGAGAGUUUCUUUAUAUCUUUGGGAUAUUACAAAGAAUACUUUGAUGAUACAUUUACUACUUAUAUUGCUGAUAUUUGUUUCACUUCUUCUAUUUUCCAUUUCACUAAUUUUACUCAUAAUUUUUAUUUGUUGCAAAAGUUCAGUGAAAGUCCAUUUAAAGACUUCAACAUUUACCAAAGUCAGGACUCUCCUUACCAGAAUGAAUUGAGUAAUGUAACACACUUGGAACACUUGAUGUGUUACGAUAUCUCUCAAAUGUCAAUCAACUUUUUCAUUGAUCUAAAAAGUGACACGGGUAUUUGGUCGCAGAAAUUAAUUGCACAGAUUAGCUAUGAUUUGUAUAAGAAUGAGAAGUUAAAGAACUAUUUGUUGUUGUUCAUUGAUGAUUCGAAAUUAAGUCAAGAGCCGAAAAUAGAAUUUACUCAUAAUUCUCUUGAAUUUUUCGAAAAAUUCCACAAAGAAUACGAAAAUCGAUUCAAAUCGACAUUUACAGAGUUUUCUAAUGAGUUCAGAGAUAUCCUGAAGAAGACGAAACAGUUAAUAACUGAUACACAAGCGUUUCCUUCUUUGGCAGACAAUGUUUUCGGUUUGAUUCAGCACGAAAUGGAAAAGCCGCAAAAAAUGAAAUCACAGAAUUUGGAAGAAAAUGAAAGGGUUAGAGAUAAGAAGACAUGCAUGAACUACUGUGCAAUGAAGCUGAAAUAUCCAUUAAUGAUCAAAAAGAAACAGCCAGUUGCACCUGAAACAGAUUUGGUUUAUAUCCAAACUUGUUCAUUGAUUUCCAAAAAGAAUUCAAGGGAAAUCUCGUUGAGAAUUAUGAGAGAUUGCGUCUAUUUAGUUGGAUCUUCUUUCGUAAAAGCUUUCACAAUACAAAUGAUCAGAGUUUUGUUGACAAGAAAGCGUUCUAAAAGCGAAACAGCUGUUGAAUUCUACAUUUCCGAUGGAAGAUCAUAUUUAAUUGAUCUGAAUCCAACUGAUUCAUCAUCAUUCGUCAAGAAUUUCAUGAAAUACAUGGGAUCAGGACAAUUCGUGCAGUCAAUGCCUUCUGCUGAAUUGUUCAUGUCAUUCCCUUUGACGAUGGAUUGGUCAAGAGGAGUUUUGUCGAAUUUCGAGUAUCUCAUGAAACUCAACAUUUUGAGUGGGAGAUCAUUCAACGACAAAAACCUUUAUCCUGUAUUUCCAAGUGUUCUUAACUCUUUGAGUAAUUUCUCUGCACGAGAUAUUACGAAAUGCACUUACAACGAGCCAUCGCUUGAAAGAGUCCUUAGAACACAGCCAAAGAAUCCUGUGAGUUUGGAAGAAUCUGUUUGCAAGAACGGCUGCAUUCCUCCUGAAUUCUUUUACUUGCAAUCUGUUGUUUGUCAAUCAGAUAACGUGAAUUCGUUUGACUUCAUUUACAAACAUAGAAAAGCUCUUGAAUCUGCGAAAAUAAGAGCGCUUAUUCCUAAAUUCAUCGACAACAUUUGGGGAGUUAAAGGAAAUUCAUCGUUUGGACACAGACAGAUCUUCCGCAAACCACAUCAACCUUCACAGCUUCUUAAAGUUGAGAAAGCGAAGAAUAUUUCUUAUAAUAUCAAGGUUGAAAAAGAUAUUUUGUACUGUGCGACACUUAAAACGAAGAAUCCAAUGCAUUACUCAUUUAUGUUGUUCCUUGAAGAUGGAGAUAUCUUUGUUUAUUCAUUUGGAUUCCAAUCCGAGUUCCAUGAGAAGAAAUCCAGCAAAUUAAUGUCAUUAAACAAAGAUUUGAACUGUUCUUAUUCCCACAACAAUAAAGGAAUUGCAAGAUAUUCGCCUGAAAACAAGAAGAUCUCCAUAUUCAAGGAAACGAAUUUGGAAGUCGAACACAACUUGUUUAUCGAUGUUUCUAUCAUUGACUAUUGCGACAAGUCAUUUAUUUAUACACAGGAUUGUUGCACAGUCCAAUACGCAGCAGAUAGAACAAGGAAAUUGCAGCCAAUAACUUUGUAUAAUUCUACACAAAGAAUUAAAUUGUUGAAAGCUCAUGAACACGCGAAAAUAUUUGCUGUCGCUUUGGAUGAUGGAACUGUGGAAGUUCAUUCAUUAGUUGACGGAAGAUUCGUUGGAAAAUCAUCUUUGUCUUGUCAGCCUCGUCAUUUGAUAAUAACAAAUAAUUCGGCUUUCGUCAUUUGCACUGGCGACAGCGAAAUUUUGGUUUUAUCAAUCGAUGGAGAUGAAAUUAAAAGAGCGAAGAUAGAUACACCGCUUCAAUCUGUCUUCACAUUCUCUGAUCUUGUGGACACAGAUUAUAUCUGUGCAGAAGAUGCAUCUGGAAAAUUGGUUUUCUUCGAAGCAAUGUUCCCUGAAAACAUGAAAACAGCUAUUUUCAGUGUAAAGGAUUUAGUGUUCGCAACUUAUAACCAGCUUAAAUCUGCUUUCGUAACUGUUGACGCAAAGGGACAUUUAUCUAUUACACCAGCUAUACUUUAA